AUGAAUGGGAAGAGAUAUGUGAGUUUUAGUGAAUUGAUGUUUAAUGAGGAUGAUGAAGUGGAAGAGGUUCUUGAAUUGGAUGGGGAGGAAGAGUUGUUGGAUGAUGUAGGGGAAUAUUGUAGUGAUGAUGGGUUUGACGAAGAUGAUGGGGUAGAUGAUGGUGUAGAGUCUGAAGAUGGUGGAGUUGAGGAGGUAGAAGUUGGUGAAGAACGUUGGGAAGAUGACGAGGAUGAUGUUGUGGAUGAUUAUGAUGAAGCAUUAGAUGAAGGAGAUGAAUUAGAUGAAGAAUUGUGUAUUGAAAAUGAUGAUGACCUGAAUGAGGUUAAUGAUGAUAAUUAUGAUGAAUCCGGAGAAAUGGGAGUGGGGCGAAACACUACUUGUAUGGAGGAUGGAGACAUUGGAUGCCCUGGUGAUGGAGAUGGGGUUUCAACCAUUAACGCAGAUUUGUAUACAACUCCUACGAAGCGGAACAAAGGUCCUGUUCUACCGACCCCUUCUGUUGGAAUGUCUUUUGCUAAUUGGGAAGCAUUGAAUAACUAUUUUCGAUCCUAUGGGGAGCAACAAGGUUUUGGUGUAGUGUGUAUGGGAGAGAAUAAGAGCGGGGUGAAAGACAGUGAAACGGGCAAAUCCAAUUCCCUGAGGACCUAUGUUUGGCGGUGUGAGUGUCAUGGAAGGCCAAAAUACCGGCGGAUGGUGAAUGGCAGGGUAGUUACCUGCGCAGAGGAACCAAUUCUUAAGAGGAAGACGAAGAAGUGUAGUUGCCCUGUUAUGCUAUAUGGGGCUCGGACCAAAGAGAAUUUAUGGGUUGUGAAGAGUGUUGUUACUGAACAUUUGAACCACAUUCCCACUCCUACCAAGUCCAACCAUAUUUCCAUGUUUCGGGUCAGGAAAAUUACUCAGACAAUCCUGAAACAGAUUGAAAAUGAUCACGAUUCAGGUGCACCUGUGGCUCAGAUUUUCAAUAACUUAGCGGGAAGAAGGAAUGGUGUAGAGAAUAUUGGUUUUACGAAAAAAGACGUGCAUAAUAUUUUGAAUAGGAGGAUGCGAUUAAGGCUACGAGAUGGGGAUGCUGUUGCGAUGAUAAAUUAUUUAGAUAAAAUGACAAAGGAUAAUCAAAAAUUUUUCCAUCUGCACCGGCUUGAUAAAACAGGGAAGUUGCAGGAUGUAAUGUGGGUUGAUGCUCGUAGCAGAGCCGCGUAUGAGUACUUUGGGGAUGUGGUUUGUUUUGACUCCACGUACUGGACAAACAAGUAUGAGUUGCCAUUUUCGAACUUUGUUGGGGUGAAUCACCAUGGGCAAACAAUUUUGCUUGGAUGUGCAUUAGUGUCUCAUGAAACCGCGGAAACGUUCGUUUGGCUCUUUAGGGCAUGGUUGUCUUGUAUGGGGGGUAAAGCUCCCGCUGCUAUUAUGACCGACCAGGAUGCGGCUAUGAGGAAGGCAAUUAGAAUAGCAAUGCCAAUGCCUAAAACCAGACAUCGUUGGUGUAUGUGGCAUAUUAUGCAGAAGUUCAGCCGAAAAUUGGGUUCGAUGACUGAUUUUCCCCAAAUAAAAGUUGCCCUACAGAAUGUCAUAUACAACAGUUUGACCCCUGUUGAAUUCGAAGAAGGUUGGGCUGAAGUGGUGGAAACUUUCAAGCUGAAGGAGGCUAAGGAAAGCUACAAGUGGCUAGUAGGGUUGUAUAAUCAGCGAGAAAUGUGGAUACCUGCAUAUGUGAAGCAUAUUUUUUGGGCGGGGAUGCAGACGACUCAGAGGGUUGAGAGUAUUAACAGUUUCUUCGACGGGUACUUGAAGAAGAAUACGAGAUUAUAUCAGUUUGCUCCUAGGUACUGCAAGGCCAUGGAAAGUAGGGCCAAUGAUGAAAAAGCUGCUGAUGUGAACUGCUGUCGUUUUACUCGGUCUUUGGUUGGAGAGUUUGCUGUGGAGAGGAAGUUCCAGAAACUAUAUACGGAUGCGAAGUUCGUUGAAGUCCAGAUCCAAUGUAUGCGGGUAUGUUACGUAACACCUAUUACUUCGAAAGUAGUUUCUGAUGUGGAGGUUGAGCAUACGGUGUCUGACAAAGUAUGGGUAUGGUCCAAGUUCUUGAGAAAGGAAAUAUCUUUGGCAGGCCGGAAGCGUAUAUACGUCGUGCUGUUCAACAAGGAGACCUCUUUUGCAAAGUGUGACUGCAAACAUUUCGAGUGCCACGGCAUUAUGUGUAGGCACAUCAUUAAGGUGUUGGACGUGGAGGAUGUGGAAAAUGUGCCUGUUGGAUAUAUAGUUGACCGAUGGAGGAAAGAUAUACAACGCAAGCACACUCUUGUGAAGGUUGCUUAUCAUGAUCCCGAGAAAACAGAAGAAGUUAAGCGCUAUGACCGGAUUAUGAAUGCGGUGGAACUUGCUGCCCUCCGUGGAUCACUUUCCGAGCAGAAGUUGGAUUUGGUCAUAGAAGGUAUUAUGAAUAUUGUGUUACGUCUUGAUGAGAGUGAUGCUCUUUCAGCAUUUGGUGAUAACGAAGCUGGUGCACUGACUUCCGGGGGGAACAGGAUGGCGAUUGUUGGUCCUACGACACCAGGCUCCGUUAACAAACCUCCAAACAGCGUUGGGGAUGAUACUACCACACUUACCCCCCCUAUUAUGGUUAAAGAUCCUGUUCCGCGCGGUGGUUUAAAGGCUCACAGGACUCGUGAAAAAAGAUUUUUACAACCAGGUGAGAAUAAAAACUCCGCAAGGAAGCAAGUCAGGAAAAACAAGAGUGUUGUACCACAAGACUUUCCAGAAACCAGCAAUUGUCAGAACACUUGCCUUCCUCAACACAACUACGUGCAGCCGCCAAACACCUUCCAUCCUGGUUGGGGAUCCCACGAUCAAUGUGGGUAUAGUGCUGAUUACCCGCCUCAAAUGGCUGGGCAAGUAAGGGGGACUAUGGUAUACCCUCAGCAGAACUACAACAAUGGGGUAUCUGUUCAACAGUUUCAGUCAUCUGGAAGAGUAAGUGGAGUUGUUGCCACAAAUUUGUUUCCCUCAGGACAGACAGAAAUUCGCAUGUCUGUGGGUGGGAUUCGUAUGACCCCGGAGGGUGGUGACGUACUUUUGUCCCAAGACCGCUGUGGUAUAUCAAUGUCACAAAACAUAUCUGGUGGUCCAAUUGCCCAAAACCGAUCCGGUUUACACAUGUCCCACAACAUUAAUGGUGUGCAAAUGUCGCAAAACUUGAGUGGAGUGCAAAUAUCUCAGAUGUCGCAAAUGUCCCAGAAUGCUGGUUCCAUUCGUUACUUCACCAGUAACAGCAGCAACAGAGGUGGAAAUUAUCAAGAGGCCGGGACUCAUUGUAUGCCUGCAAAUCAUAACCAGCACCGGCAUAGUUUCCAGGUUGUGAACGAAACCUCCCAUGGGGAUCACCGUAGUUAUCAACCAACUACUAAACACUUGUUGCAGUCCAAUCCGGGUUUUUUAGUCAAUGAGGCUGGGUGUGGAACGCAUUCUACACAUGGCGCCAGUGGUAAUCCAGUAUUCACUCAAGACCUGCUCGGUUGUCAUGACCUUACGAAGAAUUAG